AUGGCUCGCAAAAUCCUCUGUGUGGCUGAAAAACCCGCCAUUGCGCGCGCUGUGGCCACUCAUUUGUCCGGAGGUUCUUUCCAAACACACUCCAUUCGUGGCAAUCCAUAUGUCAAAAACUACGAAUUUGAAUUCAAUUUUGGGGGCGCCUGGGGAAACUGUGCUGUCACCGUAACCAGUGUCGUGGGCCAUCUCACCGGCUUGGACUUUGAUCGCCAGUACAAGGGCUGGCAGUCAUGCCCUCCUGGAUCACUAUUUGAAGCUCCCGUGCUGGAAGCUGUUGAUAAGGACAAACUCCCAAUCGCAGAGAACAUUCGGAACCAGGCCAAAUAUGCCAAAGCACUUUUUAUCUGGACUGAUUGUGAUCGCGAAGGCGAGCAUAUUGGAUCAGAAGUCCGUAAUCAGGCAAAAGCAGGAAAUAGUCGAAUCGAGGUGAAGCGAGCCAAGUUCAGUAACACAGAACGCGCUCAUGUGCGCCAGGCUGCUCUAGCACCAAUUGAUCUUGACGAGUAUCAGGCCAAUGCCGUAGCUGCGCGCAUUGAGUUGGAUCUUCGAAUCGGUGCUGCGUUCACUCGCCUGCAAACCCUGCAGUUACAGACAGUCGUGACGGCUUUGAAAGAAAAGGUCAUCAGCUACGGAUCAUGUCAGUUUCCUACCUUGGGAUUUGUUGUGGAUCGAUACCUGAGAGUCAAGAACUUCAAACCAGAAGACUUUUGGGGCCUCAAGGUCAUCUUGAAUCGGGAGGGCAAGAAGGUCAACUUUCUCUGGAAACGAGUGCAUCUUUUUGACAGAGCUGUUGUGACAAUGAUGCUGGAACGCUGCCUGGCUGCAAAGCAAGCCAAGGUCACAAAGGUUGACCAGAAGCCUAAAAGCAAAUGGCGGCCUCUACCUUUGACCACCGUUGACCUGCAAAUGAUGGGCAGUAGAUUCCUUCGCAUCGACAGUCAAACGAUCAUGAAGGUGGCCGAGACACUUUACACCAAGGGAUACAUCAGCUAUCCUCGAACAGAAACUGAUCAAUUCGACAAAGCGAUUGAUCUGAAGAAACUAGUGGAGAAGCAAUAUCCCGAUGAUCGGUGGGGUCAAUACGCCCGAGAACUCAUCGACGGAAAAUUCAAGACACCUCGCUGGGGUCGCCAUAACGAUAAAGCCCAUCCCCCUAUCCACCCAGUAAGCUGGGUCUCUUCGAGUCAACUGAACGCAAACGAAAAAAAAGUCUACGAAUUUGUGGUGCGUCGAUUUCUCGCCUGCUGCUCUGAUGACGCAAAGGGCCAGGGCUCAGAGGUUGAGAUAAGAUAUGGAGAUGAAUACUUCCACGCAAACGGACUGAUUGUAUUGGAAAGAAAUUACUUGGAUGUUUACACUUACGACAAAUGGGAAAGUAGCCAGCAGCUACCCAAUUUUCAAAGAGACGAGAUGUUUGAGCCCACAGAGGCGAACAUCUUUGAAGGCAAAACAACCGCUCCGAAUUAUCUCACUGAACCCGAACUUAUCGGCUUGAUGGACGCCAAUGGUAUUGGUACGGAUGCCACCAUGGCAGAACACAUUGCGAAGAUCAAAGAAAGAGAAUACGUCGCCGUGAACUCACGAGGCGGUGGACGCUCUGCGGUGUCAGAACUUAUUCCGACACGCCUGGGAAUUGCUCUUGUAGAGGGCUAUGACAAUGUCGUUGCAGGUCUUCCGAACAGUGUGUCACUCAGCAAGCCAUUCCUUCGGAAAGAAAUGGAAUUGCGAAUGCUCGAGAUAUGCUCGGGUACCAAAACUCGCCAGGAGGUCGUUCAGCAGAGUCUUGACAUGUACCGUGAGGUCUUUAUUCAUACGCAGAGACGUAUCAGCAUGCUGAAGACUGCCUGUCGCAAAUAUCUCGUUGAACCCCCCGAAUCAUGA